GUACCGUUUGUUAGCAGCUUUGAUUCUCUCCUCCUCCUCCUCACUCUCCUGCGCGCAGAGACCGUUACUCAGAGCUCCUGCAUCACGCAGUGGUGUUUAUCUGAGGGGAAGCAUCUGCGUCUUUUAAACGACCAACUGGAAAGUGGACCUGCUGUUUAUCAUUUAAGAAGCGGACUGUUCACCAGCCCCGAAGGGUAAUACUAAGGAGAAUAUUCUAAGGGAAGAUGGCCUCGGCGGCUCUGGAGCUUCUCGGCCUGAUACUAGCCGUGUUUGGCACGCUGCUGGAGAUGAUCGCAUGCGGUCUGCCCACGUGGAAGGUGGCGGCGCACAUCGAGGCCAACAUCGUGGUGUCGCAGACCAUCUGGGACGGCCUGUGGAUGUCUUGCGCUGUUCAGAGUACGGGCCAGAUGCAGUGUAAGGUGCACGACUCGAUGCUGGCGCUCAGCAGCGACCUGCAGGUGGCGCGCGCACUGACUGUAGUCUCGUCCGUGCUGUGCGUGUUGGCGCUGCUGGCCGUGAUCGCCGGAGCGCAGUGCACCAACUGCAUCCGUGCCGAGCUCGUCAAGGUGCGAGUUGUGAACUUCGGUGGAGCGCUCUACAUCGUCAGCGCCGUGCUGGUGCUCGUGCCCCUCUGCUGGAUGGCCAACAAAAUCAUCGCCGAUUUUUACAACCCGCACGUGCCCCCGGCCCAGAAGCGCGAGAUGGGGGCCGCGCUGUACAUCGGCUGGGCGGCCGCGGGGCUCCUACUGCUGGGCGGCUCAGUGCUCUGCUGCUCGUGUCCGCCAUCAUCAGCGGCCGGGGCGGGUUACUCCAUCAACUACGCACCCACAAAAAGAGCGCCCACAUCCAAUGGAGACUACGAUAAGAGGAACUACGUCUAAAUCCACAACUAAAACGCAGGCGUAAAGCCAUGGUUAGGGCGGACUGCAGAACCCAGUAGCUGCAACAUGGGAUUUGCGCGCAACACUUCCAAACGGCUCCCUUAAAGAUCUUUUUUUUUUUUCGGUUUUAAAGGUUCUCUAGAGGACCAUACAACAGAGGAUUUUACUUCUGGGUUCAAUCUAGAAUCCGGUUAGAAUACUCGAACCCGUAACCAUCCAAAGAAACCUUGAACUCUUUUCUAAAAGUCUAACACCGUCUGUCCCAUAUAUCAAUUCCGACAUUAUUCGCAUUGAAUAAAAUAUUGCAGAAGAAGAGGAAGGAGCCGACCACUGCCCUAAAAUCUGUAAAAAGAAUUUCAGGACUAAAUGUCUUUCUGCAUUGAGUUAAUGUACCGCUGUACUGUAAAAGCAAAGUGUCGGGUAACGCCUGGCUGUUUCCUUGUAGCCUGUGUGAUUUUUGCACCUGUAGAUUUUUUUUGUCCUAUAUAUAAACCACCUGUUUUUUCCUAGUCAUGGACUCUUAAUGUCUUCUACGGACUUUUUUGGACUCCCUGUUUUAAUCAUAGAAGGCUAUGUGUUUUGAAGGGCCAAAAAAACUGAUUUCAGCUUAAUUUUUUGAAAGAAUAUUUCCACUUUUGAUUGUUUGUUUGAUUGUUUGUUUGUUUUUUACGCAAUUCUUUCUUGAAUUUUUAACAAAGCAUGAUGAUGAUGAUGGUGAUGAUAAUGAUUGUUUCCAUGGGAAACUUGAAAGUCUAUUUGCUAGUCCUUAUUCUAUUUGGGAGGUCUGAAAGCAGAGAUUUUUCCUUGCAUGUGCUGUCAGACACACAUCUGCCUAGCUCAGAAACUGAUGUUGAUUUUAGUAGCUGUUUAGUUAAAUGAGCAGGUGCGUUAAAGGACAGGCCAGACCAGUGUGCCAUUAAAAUAAUGUGCUGGGCAUACUUUGUUUGUGCCUUGUAAAAUUAUUUGUACAUUAAACUAAAAAGACCACAAUACCAAAAUUUUUCCUCAGUAGUAAAUUACUAUUUUUUAAACAUGUUUUGUUUUAAAUGCUUUGAACUGUAAUGUUUUUAAUAAACAGUUAUCAAA